AUGGCUACAAGGCGGCUGCUGCAAUGCCGACCAUCACAUCCUGUGUUCAUAAACAAAGAGGCACUGAACUCCCCUCUCCAGCUAAAAUCAGGCUUCCCUUCACCUGUCAUUGAUGAAUUGAGUCAUAUGCCCAAGCUCCAAGCAAAGGAGAAUAGAAUUAUUAUGGUAGAGCAGAUCCUGGCAGAGUUCCAGCUGCGGGAAGAAGACCUGAAGAAGGUGAUGAGGCGGAUGCAGAAGGAGAUGGACCGUGGCCUGAGGCUGGAGACCCACGAGGAGGCCAGUGUCAAGAUGUUACCCACCUACGUGCGUUCCACCCCAGAAGGCUCAGAAGUUGGAGACUUUCUCUCCUUGGACCUGGGAGGAACCAACUUCAGGGUGAUGCUAGUGAAGGUGGGCGAGGGGGAUGCAGGACAGUGGAGUGUGAAGACCAAGCAACAGAUGUACUCCAUCCCCCAGGAUGCCAUGACGGGCACUGCAGAGAUGCUCUUUGACUACAUCUCCGAGUGCAUCUCUGACUUCCUGGAUAAGCAUCAGAUGAAGCACAAGAAACUACCCCUGGGCUUCACCUUCUCCUUCCCUGUAAGGCAUGAAGACAUAGACAAGGGCAUCCUCCUCAACUGGACCAAGGGCUUCAAGGCCUCUGGGGCAGAAGGGAACAACAUCGUGGGACUUCUCCGAGAUGCAAUCAAGAGGAGAGGGGACUUUGAGAUGGAUGUGGUGGCAAUGGUGAAUGACACAGUAGCCACGAUGAUCUCUUGCUACUAUGAAGACCGCCAAUGCGAGGUCGGCAUGAUUGUGGGCACUGGCUGCAAUGCCUGCUACAUGGAGGAGAUGCAGAAUGUGGAGCUGGUAGAAGGGGAUGAGGGACGCAUGUGUGUCAACACUGAGUGGGGCGCCUUCGGGGACUCAGGCGAGCUGGAUGAGUUCCUGCUGGAGUAUGACCGGAUGGUGGAUGAAAGCUCAGCGAACCCCGGUCAGCAACUGUACGAAAAGCUCAUUGGUGGAAAGUACAUGGGCGAGCUGGUACGACUUGUGCUGCUCAAGCUGGUUGAUGAGAAUCUUCUGUUCCACGGAGAAGCCUCGGAGCAGCUGCGCACGCGUGGCGCCUUCGAGACCCGUUUUGUGUCGCAGGUGGAGAGCGACUCGGGCGACCGCAAGCAAAUCCACAACAUCCUGAGCACUCUGGGGCUUCGGCCCUCGGUCACCGACUGCGACAUCGUACGCCGCGCCUGCGAAAGCGUGUCCACGCGUGCCGCCCACAUGUGCUCAGCGGGACUAGCCGGGGUCAUAAAUCGCAUGCGCGAAAGCCGCAGUGAGGACGUGAUGCGCAUCACGGUGGGCGUGGAUGGCUCCGUGUACAAGUUGCACCCUAGCUUCAAGGAGCGGUUCCAUGCCAGUGUGCGCAGGCUGACACCCAACUGCGAAAUCACCUUCAUCGAAUCAGAGGAGGGCAGCGGCAGGGGAGCAGCGCUGGUCUCUGCUGUGGCCUGCAAGAAGGCCUGCAUGCUGGGCCAGUGA